GGCCCAUAAAAAACACAUGCUUUACUCCACACCUAAUCCGUACCUCCAUUUCCCUACCCUCCUCCUCUAUCUUCCAUACCUUGGGGAAUUAGUCUCGUUAAUGGAGUUGUAGACAGUAUUUAGGGUUUUGUUUCUGAAAGAACUUUUCAAUCUCAUACCAAAAUCUUUGCAAAUGUCGUUUCUGACAUUGAAAACUCCAUUUUUAUCAUCACGUUUUUCUUCAUCAUCGUCUGUUCUUGCAUUAUGUCAAAGUAAUCAGCUACGGUUGUGUUCUUCUUCGUCGCUUUAUCUUCCUAGAAAGCGAACGUUUAGCAGAGGAAAAUUAAGAUGGAGAGCUGAAUCUCAACAACAGGAUUCUUCUAAAAACAGCAAUAGUAGUGAUUCACAACAACCUAACGGUUCCGUGACAAGCAGGAGGGAUAUUCUACUGGAGUAUGUGAAAAAUGUGCAGCCAGAAUUUAUGGAGUUGUUUGUUAAAAGAGCUCCCCAGCAGGUUGUAGAUGCCAUGCGCCAAACUGUAACAAACAUGAUCGGAACACUACCCCCUCAGUUUUUUGCAGUGACUGUUACUACUGUUGCUGAGAAUCUUGCGCAGCUCAUGUACAGCGUUUUGAUGACUGGGUAUAUGUUCAGGAAUGCUCAAUAUAGGUUGGAAUUGCAACAAAGUUUGGAGCAAGUUGCACUUCCUGAUACAUCACAGGAGAGAAAGGAUGCACCAGAUUAUGCAGCAGGGACACAGAAAAAGGUGACAGGGGAAGUGAUCAGGUGGAAUAAUGUUUCUGGUCCAGAGAAAAUAGAUGCAAUCAAGUACAUCGAGUUACUUGAAGCAGAAGUUGAGGAACUCAACCGUCAAGUAGAAAGAAUAUCUGCCAAUGGAUCAAAUGAAUUGUUGGAUUAUCUCAAGUCUCUUGAGCCCCAAAAUCUUAAGGAUUUGACAAGUAGUGCUGGGGAGGAUGUCGUGGUUGCAAUGAACACAUUCAUAAAACGUCUCUUGGCUGUUUCAGAUCCUAGUGAAAUGAAGACAAGUGUGACGGAAACAAGCGCCCCAGAACUGGCGAAGCUGCUUUAUUGGCUAAUGGUGGUAGGAUACAGUAUACGUAACAUUGAAGUCCGUUUUGACAUGGAACGAGUUCUAGGCAGUCCACCAAAACGUCAAGAGUUACCUCCUGCUGAAAACAUCUGAGAACGCGUACCCGUAUCCCUUAUUUGAUGACCGAGGAUUUGUUUGUUCUAUUACAUAUAUGACGAUGAAAUCGCUGCAAGUUUCAGACCCAAUUUCGGCAUUUUUACAAAAAUGGUAAGAAUAGAACCAGUUUUUUUUUGGUGUUGAAGAAUUGUUCAUUUUAGAAUCAUCUUAUUAUUUAGUUGUAGCAACCAUCUGAAUAUGAUGAAAUGGGUCUUUUAGGACGUAUAACCGUCUUUGGUUAAUAUGACGAUUUAUUUUUUGUGUUCUAUUAGGUUGUCUAACUUCGCUGAUAGAACGUGUUUAGUCACUUACUAAAAAUAAAAUAUUGUUAAGUAUUCUA